UUGCGAAAAAACUUCUUUGAAGCCUUAAUUAUGGAGGAAAGGGAGAAAGAUAUAAUGUUUAAAUAUUGGCACGAGCUAGUUAGAGAGUGCGACAUUAAAAAGCUUUUUCCCAAAAUGAUUGAGCUAAAAACAAUGACCUGGGAAGAUAUAAACAAUAACUUUUGCACCGACGAUCAAUUGCACAACAAUAGACUAUUCUUUUUUCACCUACAAGAGAAACAUAGGGGCUUUAAAAUUUUACUGGGAGCGUUGAGAGAAUCGGGGCAGAAAAAUAUGGCUGAGCUGUUAUCACCUAAACCAACAGGAUGUAUAUCGUUUGUAAAACCUAUGUAUGAUAUGGUUGAUGAAGUACCAAAGUCACCUGUGGUAAAAUCCUUCAAUGACAUGGAUAUAUCCUUUAUAUCCUCCAACCAACCAAAACCUAUUAAUACAUUGCCUUCUGAAAGAUUUUUUGAUACUGUUGAACGGAAUGGGAAGAUAAAUUUUUAUUCAACAAGGUCCAAGAAAAGAGGACAAGUGCUUAUACUGAAUAAUUACAAGUUUUAUAAUGAAACGGAAUAUCCUACUCGAACAGGAGGUAAAGUCGAUCAAAAAAACCUAAUUGAUUUAUUUACACAACUCAAUUUUAAUAUUACUGAGCACAUUGAUAAGACAGCAGAGGAAAUGAAGCUUCACAUUACAAAUUUUGCUAGAUAUUCCAAAGAGAAAGUUUCUGAUAUUUGUUUUGUUAUUAUUAUGAGUCAUGGGACUGAAAUGGGGGGAGAUACAGUGGUUUGUGGGAAGGACGGGAUAAAAAUCAGCAGCAGGUGGAUUGAGGAGCAAUUUAAUAACGAAAAUUGCGCAUUGUUUAGGUGCAAACCCAAGGUUUUGUUGUACCAAGUUUGUCGUGGUAAUGAUUUAGAUUAUAAUAAAGGUUACACUCAAACCGACUCGGCCACAUCUUCUAUCGAAUUAACCGACAAUUAUCAUAUGCCUUAUAGUAUGAGGACAGUAGAAGACAUGCUUAUUGGUUAUUCAACAUUGAUAGGUUAUAAGGCUCAUAGAGAUCCGAAUUUGGGUACCUGGUACAUCGAUAUACUUUGCCGUAUAUUUAGCGAGUACAGUCGCGAUACCCACGUUCAAGAUUUGCUUAUUUUGGUCGACCAAUACAUGAAACAUCGUAUGUCUGAAAAUUGCUCCGUCCAAACUUCCGAAUCAUCAAAUAAAGGCUUUGGAAGGUGCUAUUUGCACCCAGGAAUUUACGAGGAAAAUGGUAUUUUAAAGAAAUUUUAGUAGAGAUUUGUUAAUUAAUAUGGGCAAAAAAAU